AUGCUAUGUAGGUCCAGCUCAUGCUCACCUGAAUUUGAGCUGUUGAUGCACCUUGGAGCACAGGAAUCCAGUCCAAUUUUGGGAGGACUAUUUUCAGAUGACAUGUCUUUAAACAGAUCUGGAGUCCAAACAACGAUAGCUCCCAGCAUGUUCAUGCUUAGUGUAGAGGGAAUUAAUUGUCGUAGAAAUGAAGAUUGGGAUGAGGAGAGCCAAGCCAGAGAAGGGGAGGACUAUGCACCUGAUGGUGCUGUUGGUGAUUCCGAUGACAAUUUAAAGAGUCCAUUGAUCUCACGUUUGAGAACAAGCAUGGACAAGGACAUGGUCCCACCUGCUCAUAUAAGCAUUCUCUCUGGGAGGACAAUGCAUGGUGGUGAUUCUGAUGACAAUUUGAAGAUUCGGGCUACGCACGGUGGUGAUUCUGAUGACAAUUUGAAGAUUCGGGCUACGCACGGUGGUGAUUCUGAUGACAAUUUGAAGAUUCUAUUGAUCUCACGUUUGAAAUCAAGAAUGGUGAAGGACAUGGUCCCGCCUGCUCAUAUAAGCAUGUCAAACAUGAGACAUGUGAGUCUGAUAACAGGAAAUAUUGGAGGAAUCAUUCUAAAAGUGAAGAUCGGGAUGAGGAGAGCAAGUCUCUCUGGGAGGACUAUGAGUGGUGGUGAUUCUGAUGACAAUUUGAAGAUUCUAUUGAUCUCACGUUUGACAUCAAACAGGGACAAGGACAUGGUCCCACCUGCUCAUAUAAGCAUGUCAAACAUGAGACAUGUGAGUCUGAUAACAGGAAAUGUAGGAGGGAAUCAUCCUAAAAAUGAAGAUUGGGAUAAGGAGAGCCAAGUCUCUCUGGAGGACUACGCAUGGUAUUCUAUUGAUCUAAAGUCAGACAACAAGCAUGGACAAGGACACAGUCCCACCUGCCCUUGGAAUCAUGUCAAACAUGAGACAAGGGAGUCUGAUAACAGGAAAUGCAGGAGAUCCGUCAUCCAGUUCGUAACACAGGGAUUGGUGGUGGUUGGCAGCUGGCAUGGAAAUCGUCCGAGAGAGAAGGUCAGGAUGGAAAGAAGGAAAGAGGCUUUUAGAGAAUUUGUUUGCAUCAAUAGGGAGCCCCUGGUUCUCGGCGCUGCUGCUUUGUUGAGUCAAUCAGCUCUUUAUCGCAAGGAGCUUGUGAAUGAGCAUCCAGUUGGACCAGCUAUGGUCCACCCAUCCGAAACUGCAGCUGAAGGACCAAGCUGGAGAGAUCUUUUCGAACCUGGAGUCAGGCAUGCCUUGGCUGUUGUGGUGGGACUUCAAAUACUUCAGCAGUUCGCUGGUAUAAACGGGGUUCUCUAUUAUACUCCUCAAAUUCUUGAGCAGGCAGGAGUAGGAGUUCUUUCAAACUUGGGCCUUAGUUCGGCUUCUACAUCUCUGCUUAUCAGCGCCCUUACAAGUUACAACAAUGUUGAUGCUCCCUUGUACAGCUGUUGCCAUGAGGCUCAUGGAUAUCUCGGGGAGAAGGACUUUGCUGCUCAGUACCAUCCCCGUGUUUAUCUUAUCCCUCGUUUUGUUGGUCCUUGGAAGCUUGAGAUCUUCUCUACUCGUGUUCGCGGCCUUUGCGUAGCCAUAUGUGCCCUUACAUUCUGGAUUGGCCUUGCUGGUGUUUUUGGCUUGUAUGCAGUCGUCUGCAUCAUAUCAUUUGUGCUUAGUCUUCUUGAAAGUUACAGAGAACCAAGGCAUGCUUCUGGAAGUGAUAUUCGAGUUUUUUGCCAUGGCGCUUUUGCAGGCUUCGGCCGGAUAGAAAAAACUUCAAAGUUCCUUCCCUACUAUACGUUGAAGUUCUUGAAUACCCCUCGUAUCAUGUUAGCUAAGAGCAGGGAUGAUAAAUGA